ACUUCCGGGGUAGAGUUCAGGAUAUAUUGAUGGUGGCCACAUGCGUGUGGCAGUGCAGUUGUGAAGUAAAUAAGUAAAAUAGAACUGCAACUACUCAAGCACCUGCAAAAUGAAGGACACACCGCUGUCUAACUGUGAGCGGGAUUUCCUGCUCAAAGCCAUAGAAGAGAAAAAGCGCCUGGAUGGACGACAGACCUACGACUACAGAAAGAUGAAGAUCACGUUCGGGACUGACUAUGGAUGCUGCUUUGUGGAUCUCGGAAGAACCAGGGUCAUGGCCCAGGUGUCAGGUGAGCUGGUGGCUCCUAAAGAGAAUCGACCAAACGAGGGAAUCAUGUUCUUCAACAUCGAGCUGUCACCCAUGGCCUCACCAGCAUUUGAACAAGGCAGACAGUCCGAGUUGUCAGUGAAGCUUAACAGACAGCUGGAGAGAUGCUUGAGGAACUCCAAGUGCAUUGAUACAGAGUCCCUGUGUGUGGUGUCUGGAGUAAAGGUGUGGCAGAUCAGAGUGGACGUUCACAUGUUGAAUCACGAUGGGAACCUGAUGGAUGCAGCCAGCAUCGCUGCCAUCACCGCUCUGUGCCACUUCAAGCGUCCUGAUGUCGGCAUCCAGGGAGAUGAAGUUACUGUGUACAGUCCAGAAGAGAGGGACCCCAUUCCUCUGAGUAUCUACCACAUGCCCAUCAGUGUCAGCUUCUCCUUCUUCCAACAAGGAACCUACCUGCUGGUGGAUCCCUGUGAACGGGAGGAGCGGGUGAUGGACGGCCUGCUGAUGAUCGCCAUGAACAAACACAGAGAAAUCUGCUCCAUCCAGUCCAGCGGGGGCAUCAUGUUGCUUAAAGAGCAGGUUAUGAGAUGCAGUAAAAUAGCCAGCGUCAAAGUGUCUGAAAUCACAGAACUCAUCAGCAAAGCCCUGGAGAACGACAAGAGAGCAAGAAAAGCAGGUGGUAGGUGUGGUUUUGCGGAGUCUAUGCCACAGGAGCGGAUCACAGCUCUGAAAACGGACGAGACCUCGGUGGAGAUGACUGAUGCAUCAGAAACAGCAAAUGACAUCGUCCAGAAAGCUGAGGUCCCGCUUCAAACGGUCCCUUCCCCAGUGGUGCCCGCUCCAGGGGUAGGGCAGGUGGGUGAGGGCCUGCAGAACACUUGGGGACUGGAAGAGGAGGAGGAUGGUGAUGAAGAGGAGGAAGAACAACAAAUGGAAGAAGAACAAGAUGAAAAGGAGGACAGUAGAGAAGGAGAUGUGGUUGAGAUAUCUGACAGUGAAGAGGAGGAAGUGGUCAUACUUCAUCCAGAGACACAGGACAAAACUUCUAAAAAGGCUGCAUCCAGUUCCAACCAGAAGGGGGCAGAGACGUCAAAGCAGAGAAAGAAAAAUUGAAAGCAAGAACUCCUUGACCACAAACUGUAUAUAAGCCUCAAAAACUGCAGCAUGUCUUCAUAAGAAAUACGUCUUUAUGGCUGAAAAUUUGGAUCAAAUAGAUGUUACAGUACAUAGAAACUUGGAUUCUUACUGAAGAAGGGAUAGUUUAGUUCUUGUUUUUAGCCCUUUCAAUGGAUUUAAAAAUCGUACUGUGCUUGUAUAGAACAUUUUUUACAGUUUUUGUAAAAGGUUUUUGAAAAAAAAAAAAAAAGUUAUUCUCAUCAGAGUUCGAUGUUAAGCAUACGUUUACAUUUGCAGUUUACAAGUAGCAAACUGAUGGAAUUUGUAAGAAAAAAGACAACUGUGUUGCUAAUUGGGAAACAAAAUAAAAAUGAAAAUAUAUAAAUAUG